GCUCGGCCCCACUCAGCCAGGCCAGUCGGACACGGCGCACUGCACGAAGCCUCUCUGGACAUAAUGGGACUCACACAGGACCCCAACUUCCAAAAGCUGCAGGACUGGUACACAGCUCACGCGCUGAACCUCAACAUCAGGCACAUGUUUGAGGCUGACAAGGAGAGAUUCAACAAGCUCAGCCUCCGCAUGAAAACUGAGGAUGGAGACGUUCUUCUGGAUUACUCCAAGAAUCUCAUCACCGAUGAAGUCAUGAAGAUGUUGUUUGAUCUGGCCAAGUCCCGAGGCAUUGAAGCUGCCAGAGAGAAGAUGUUCGCUGGAGAGAAGAUCAACUUCACUGAGGGCCGCUCCGUGCUCCACGUGGCCCUGAGGAACCGCUCCAACACUCCCGUUGUGGUGGACGGCAAGGACGUGAUGCCAGACGUCAACAGAGUCCUUGAGAAGAUGAAGGGCUUCUGUCAUAGAGUUCGCAGCGGUGAGUGGAAGGGCUUCACCGGAAAGGCCAUCACAGAUGUAGUCAAUGUCGGCAUCGGAGGAUCUGACCUUGGCCCCCUGAUGGUGACUGAGGCCCUGAAACCUUACUCGAAGGGUGGCCCUCGUGUGUGGUUUGUGUCAAAUAUUGAUGGAACGCACAUUGCCAAAACCCUGGCACAGCUGAACGCUGAGACAACCCUCUUCAUCGUCGCAUCCAAGACUUUCACCACACAAGAGACCAUAACCAACGCCGAGUCAGCGAAAGCAUGGUUCCUUGAGCAAGCCAAAGAUAAAUCUGCCGUUGCCAAGCACUUUGUGGCCCUUUCAACAAACGGACCCAAAGUCAAGGACUUCGGCAUCGACACUGAGAACAUGUUUGAGUUCUGGGAUUGGGUUGGUGGUCGUUUCUCCUUGUGGUCUGCAAUUGGAAUGGCCAUCGCCCUGCACAUCGGCUACGACAACUAUGAAAAGCUUCUUUCAGGAGCUCAUUGGAUGGACAACCACUUCCGCACCGCUCCUCUGGAGAAGAACGCUCCCGUCCUGCUGGCUCUGCUGGGCAUCUGGUACAUCAACUUCUUCCACGCUGAGACCCACGCCAUGCUGCCCUACGACCAGUACAUGCACCGCUUCACCGCCUACUUCCAACAGGGUGACAUGGAGUCAAACGGAAAGUACAUCACUAAAGAUGGAGCACGUGUGAACUACCACACUGGGCCGAUAGUCUGGGGAGAACCAGGAACCAAUGGACAGCAUGCCUUCUACCAGCUCAUCCAUCAAGGAACACGCAUGGUGCCUUGUGACUUCCUGAUCCCAGCUCAGUCACAGCAUCCCAUCAGAGACAACCUGCACCAUAAGAUCCUGCUGGCUAACUUCCUGGCCCAGACAGAAGCUCUGAUGAAGGGUAAGACCACAGAGGAGGCCAAGAAGGAGCUGGAGGCCGGCGGCCUGAGUGGAGACGCCCUGGAGAAAAUACUGCCACACAAAGUGUUCCAAGGAAACAGGCCAACCAACUCAAUUAUCUUCAAGAAACUGAGCCCGUACACGCUUGGAGCUCUUAUAGCAAUGUAUGAGCACAAGAUCUUCAUUCAGGGUGUCAUGUGGGAGAUCAACAGCUUUGACCAGUGGGGGGUCGAACUGGGCAAACAGCUUGCCAAGAAGAUUGAGGCCGAUCUCCAGGACACCGCAGAGGUCCACUCCCACGACUCCUCCACCAACGGACUCAUCAACUUCCUCAAGAAUAACUUUGCCUGAGUUGAGGCCCCCCAGCCGCCAACCUCCACAUCAUUAUCCGGCAAAUCGGCUCUCGAGGCCGCUGGUCACUCCCACGCAGUCGAGCUGAAGCAUUCUGUAUGUUUUUACUCUUAUUGUGGAGACGGUUUCUACGGUCCGAUUUUUCUACGUUAGUUCGUUCACAAACGUGAAGGGCAAAAAUCUUUUAGUAUUUAAGUUGUGAUACAUGCUUUCACUGUCGCUUUGUCACACGAAAUGUAGUUUCUGGAAUAAAUGUAUCUGCACUGUUAUAAUGUGCUGCAAAAAAAGGAAACGCAUGUAUUCUCUCAACCCCAUCACUGUGUGUGUGCAAAACGCCACUAGAUGGCAUUAGAGUGCCGGAUUAUAUCGCCGGGACCAAAUCUGCCACCCAGUAAUCCACCAUUUAUUCAGUGGAACAAGAGUUCAAUCCCACAAAUCCCCAGACACUACAGCAUCCAUUUAGAGAGAAAAACAAACAGCAUGUGACUAAAAGACGAUCCAUCAACUUCAUUUGCUCAAUAUUUGUCAGUAAAUGUCUCUAAAAAACAUAAAAUUACAAACAUACAAUUCACGGUUCACAAUACAUCGUGAGAUGCUACCAAAGACGAGGCUCUAAGAGGAAAUACACUCCACUAUGUUUUGUUCUACUCACACUCACAGUGUUUGCGCUAUGAAGACAAACAGAAAGUUAAAAAAAGAAAAAAAUCCUAGACCGUCAGACACUUCUAUGCUGUUGCCAGGCAACAAUACUUCAAAUCUACUUUUUUUAAAUCUCUGGCUCUGAAACAGGAUACAGAAGAAGUGAGUUUGACUGAGGACACAGAGCUUUUUUAGUGUAAUGUUAUUCAGUCUCAGGUACCACAAAACAAUUAGUGUCACAUAACUAAUUGAAACGGUCAUCUGAAACAUGCAUACAUUAACUUCAACCCACAGCUGACUUUCUUAAACUUAAACUUUCCUCCAGGUUAAUCAAGUCAGGUGCAGUAGGUUAAAAUAAACAAGCAAGGCAACAUGAGGAAAUAAGGCACCAGGCCCAAGCUUAGUUCAUCAGAGAGCAUGAAAGCAUGAAAAGGGUUGUGUGCGCGUUCCUGAGAUGUUUGUUCAACAAUGGCCCUGCACACUCUCACAUUCCUCUUCAUGCUUUAUUGGUUGGCCCUGUCAGUCAUUUUUUUUCUCUCCAGCCCGUUUAAGAGCUGCCGCCCCCCCCCACUCCCCCUGGCAGGGUCCCAACCCUCCUCAGUACUGUGGUUGUGCCGCCCCAAGUUCAUGGUGCUGUCUGACGAAGGGUAGGAGCAGAGUUAGAGAUUCUUCUCAACGGACUGACUAUACCAGGGAGCUUUUCCAGCUCGCUCCGAGAGGCAUUCAGAUAAUUUGCAUUCAUCAAGUGCCAGAGCACUGGAAGCCGUUUCAGGGUCAGCAUCCUUGCAUGUGAACAAGUUCGGAAGCUCAGCUUCAGUACAGAAGAGCAGCCUGCAGGUCCGUAUAGCUAGUCUUAUUGCUCGCCUCAACUUAAUGUGCACGGCCGUCCGCCCCCACCGAGGGACCUUUGGAGACCACAUAAACCCAGUGCAUGAUGCAGAUGGUCCCCAUCUAGUCCCCAGUCCGAGUAGUUUAAGGCUGUCAUUGAAAGCUCUGCAAAAAAAAGAGAAGAAAAAGAAGGCCAGCUUCAUUUUUCCCACGACCACUGGAGUUAUAUAAAGAUUAACUGAAGUACGUGGGCAGGGCUCGUAGUGCUGCAGCAUAAGAAGCCUGUAGCAGUCCCAUGUGGCUGCAGGGGGCUCCAGCUGACCCCUUGUUGCUCUGGCUUCAUGCCCCCCCCUCAAAUUCCCCAACUCCUCCAGCAACACAUUUUUUUAAGAUCUCCUUUUAGCUGCAUCCAUCUUCCAAUGCAUUGCUGUUGAGGUCCACCUUGCAAACAUGAUACCUUGAUUCCCCUUACAGUGAGAAAUACAAUAAACCAUCUGAUGAAGAGAAAAAUGAAGCCGUGCAUCCCUCACCUCCCUGUGAAAUGGCUUGAAAAAUAUUCUUAAGCAACAAAAACUAUAUUGAAUUAAUGUUUUGGUAAAAAAUAUCACAUGAAAAUAUUUGCAUGCUCCAUAUCUGAAUAAUUCCAUUGAGAUUUCUCUGACCUCAAGGAACAGUCAGACGUUUAUUUCAGCAAUUCAUCUCUGCCAAACUACCAGACAGCUGGGCGAGUUCAUCCUCAUGAGACGCCUCUAGAUCAGUUAUCCUCCUGGAAUACUGUGCACUCCUUGUAAGAGUUUUUGUCUUCACUGCCUCUCCCGAAUCCUCAGAAAUACAGAUAUACAGACCAA